AUAAUUAUCUCCAGAACAGAGAGUAAAACAGUAUCGUAAAAAAAGAGAGAAAGAAACGCCGUCGUCCUCCCCCUUAUCCCUGAAAUGUAAUCUAACCAAACAUAACCCUCGAGAAACAGUACCUCACUGCACCGAGCUCUCUCUUUCGAUAAAAUAAAAUCCCUAGAUUUUCUUCUAUUUCUUUCGGUUACUAUGCCUUCCUUCUCUCAAAACCCCUAAUAAAAAAAAUAAAAAUAAAUGGAAGGAGCCAAAGACCCUCGAAACGGCGGCGAUUCGUCGCCAAAGCAGGUCUCCAAAAAACCUCGCACCAGUGGCCACAUAACAGAACAGGAAAUCCACGAAGAAUUCUCUCACCAUAAUCUUAACGUAGCCAGAAUUAACAACGGUAGCUUCGGUAGCUGCCCCGGAUCUGUACUCGCUGCUCAAAAAAACUGGCAGCUUCAGUUCCUUCAACAACCCGACGACUUCUACUUCAAUACUCUCCGAAAAGGAAUUCUCCACUCACGUACUGUCAUAAAAAACCUCAUCAACGCUGAUGAUGUCGAUGAAAUCUCCCUCGUCGAUAACGCCACCACUGCGGCCGCCAUCGUCCUUCAACAAAUUGGCCGUGCCUUCGCUGAAGGUAAGUUUGCUAAAAACGAUACCGUUUUAAUGCUCCACUGUGCUUACGAAGCGGUUAAGAAAUCCAUUCAAGCUUACGUCACGCGUGCCGGGGGUUCUGUUAUUGAGGUUCAGUUACCGUUUCCGGUUAAUUCGAAUGAGGAGAUAAUUGCGGAGUUUAAGAGAGGAUUAGGAAAAGGCAAAGCUAACGGUAGAAAGAUUAGGUUAGCGAUAAUUGAUCAUAUAACGGCGAUGCCGUGUGUUGUUAUUCCGGUUAAGGAGUUGGUUAAAAUUUGUAGAGAAGAAGGCGUGGAGCAGGUUUUUGUUGAUGCAGCUCAUGCUAUUGGCAGUGUUGAUAUAAAUGUUAAAGAAAUCGGGGCUGAUUUUUACGUUAGUAAUCUGCACAAGUGGUUUUUUUGUCCGCCAUCAGUUUCAUUUCUGUAUUGCAAGAAAGCGAGUUUGGAAUUUGAUGUGCAUCAUCCGGUUGUUUCACAUGAGUACGGAAAUGGAUUGCCGAUUGAGAGUGCCUGGGUUGGGACUAGGGAUUAUAGCUCGCAAUUAGUGGUGCCGGCGGCUUUGGAGUUUGUUAAUCGGUUUGAGGAUGGAAUUCAUGGGAUAAUGAAGAGGAACCAUGAGGAGGUUGUUAAGAUGGGGAAAAUGUUGGCGGAAUCAUGGAGGACAAAUCUUGGUUCUCCGCCGGAGAUGUGUGCAGGAAUGAUCAUGGUUGGUUUGCCUUCAAGAUUGAGUGUUUCAAGUGAAGAUGAUGCUUCGAGGUUAAGGUCGCACUUGCGUGACUGUCAUGGGGUUGAGGUUCCAAUACACUAUCAGGGUUUAAGAGAUGGUGAGGAGGGGGUGAAAGAUAAGGAUGGUGUUAUAACAGCAUAUGCAAGGAUUUCUCAUCAGAUUUAUAACAAGUUUGAGGAUUAUUGCAGGUUUAGGGAUGCUGUAAAUCAUCUUGCUGAGAAUCGACAGAUUCGCAGAACUAUUUCUCCAGAGUGAGAAGUUGGUGGUGAACAUUGGAGCCGCCUUGAUCAAAUAAAUUUGUGUCUCCCCUGGUUUAUCGUAGAUGGCCCAAUAUCAAACCAGUAAAAUUUGGAAGACACCACGUAGAAGAUUAGUGUGUCUGCUCAUUGAAGCCACAGGAGUUAUCUAGAAUUUCUCGACUGAGCUGCUACUUUAUGGCUCCUUGUAUCUACAACUGUAGAUAUGGCAAUAAUUUCAUGAAUGUCAGCAAUUCACUCAGCAAGUUUUCUGCCUUCAGCUGAAUUUAGCUCUACUUUCCCGUUUUCCUGCAAGCUCAGUCGUGACAUCCCGUGUUGCUUCAUGUAUAAUUGCAGGUGCGUGGUUAAUGUUACUAAAAUCACGCAAGCCUCGUUAAAGCAGCAUUCUUCUUUUUUUUUUGCACCCAUUUGUGUUGGACUGAGGAUAUGCACUUCCAGUAUGAAUAACAUAGAUUGCACGGACCA